AUGGCUUCCAUUGCUUCCAUUGGCAUUGCUAUCCUUCUCUUCUCACUAUAUUCUCUAUGUGAAGGAGCUCAACAAAACAACGAUUCUAGGCACAUACGCCUGGGAUCUUCACUCUCUCCAGAAACUCACCCCAGCUCAUGGCCUUCUGCCUCUGGCCAGUUCGAAUUCGGCUUUUAUCAGCAAGGAAGUGGUUUCGCUGUUGGAAUUUGGUUGGUGGGAGUAGACCAAAACACAACUGUAUGGACAGCAAACCGUGAUGAUCCCCCACUGCUGCCCUCACAAAAUAAUACAGUGAAGCUGCAGUUAGCCACUGAUGGCAAGCUUGUUCUAAGUAGUGACCAAGGUCAUAAAAAAGUAGUCAUCGCAAGUGCAACAAACGGUUCUGUUUCCUCUGCCUCCAUGCUUGAUUCUGGAAACUUCGUUCUUUACGACGAAACCUAUAAAGUGAUCUGGGAGAGUUUCAAUCAUCCUACUGAUACUAUCCUGGGUAAUCAGACUCUGCCGGCUGGGGGUCAAUUAGUCUCCAGUUUGUCCGAUGCUGACCGCUCAACAGGACAUUUUCAUCUCAACAUGCAGCCUGACGGAAACCUUGUUCUGUACCCAGCAAACUCUGAAAACUCUCCGGUAGAUGCCUACUAUGCUUCAGGUACUAAUGGACUCUUGAACCUUCACCUCUAUCUUGACAGUACAGAUGGCAGUCUUGCUCUAAUCAACACCAACAGCUCGGAAGUUUACAGAGUCAUCAGUAGCGGUAAUGAUGAUCUAGCCAAUAACACUGUAUAUCGGGCAACUGUUGGCAUAAACGGAGUAUUAAGGGCGUAUUCUCAUCAGAUGGAUCCUAAGACAGGCAAACUUCAAGCACCUGUUAUAAUGUGGUACCAACCAAAUAAUCCUUGCGAUGUUAAAGGCGUGUGUGGCCUUAACAGCUAUUGCACACUCAAUGAUGACCAGCCAGACUGUCUUUGCCUUCCUGGAUCAGAUUACGCUGACCUCAACCGCAGGACUAUGGGUUGCUUGAGAAACAAUCCAGAACCGGCGUGUGUAGCUGGCGGGAAAGAGAAUACAACCUUUUAUGACAUACUCACCAUGGAAAAUUUGGUCUUGGUAGAUCCUCCAGACUUUGAAGCCAGAAUGACCAUGGAAGAAUGCAAGAGCUCUUGUCUAGAGGACUGCAAUUGUGGAGCAGCUCUGUUCGAGCAGACAAAUUGUAUGAAACAGAAGCCACCACUCAGAUAUGUGAGAAGAGAUAUGCAGAAAUCCAACACUGCUUUCUUCAAGGUAAGCAAGUUAAGAAGAAGUCCUGAAAGCAAAAAUAAUGGAACUGAAACUAAAGAACCAUUUCCGACGAAUCCCACUACGGGCGUCAUUGUGCAAAUUCUUGUUUUAACCUUGGGUCUCAUCCUCUACUCAUGUGUGUCGCUUGCAAUAUCUGGAUUUUACAUUUUCAAAAUUCGAAUUCUGAGGUACAAAAGGCUGACAGAGAUUAAUGGGAAUCUGGGGCUGGCUGAUGAGGAACUCACUAUGAGAGUUUUUUCAUACAACGAGCUGAAAAGGGCUACAAAUGGUUUCAAGCAAGAAUUGGGGAAGGGAUCCUUUGGAGCAGUUUACAAAGGGGCUCUAAAUAGAGGGAAAAAACUCAUUGCAGUGAAAAGACUAGAGAAGUUGGUGGAAGAAGGUGAGAGGGAGUUUCGAGCGGAGAUGCAAGCAAUUGGAAGAACUCAUCACAAGAACUUAGUUCGAUUGCUGGGUUACUCUGCUGAGGACUCGAAAAGGCUCCUGGUCUAUGAAUAUAUGAGCAAUGGCUCCCUUGCAGAUCUUCUUUUCAAGGCAGAAUUGCAUCCAGCUUGGGAUGAAAGAGUAAGAAUUGCAGUUGAUGUCGCAAGAGGUCUUCUCUAUCUACAUCAAGAGUGCAAGUCCCCUAUCAUUCAUUGCGACAUAAAGCCUCAAAACAUUCUGAUGGAUGAUUUUUGGAAUGCAAAAAUCGCUGAUUUUGGACUUGCAAAACUGCUAAUGCCGGAUCAAACAAGGACCUUCACAGGGAUAAGAGGGACAAGAGGGUAUUUGGCACCAGAAUGGCAAAAGAACACUCCAAUCUCAGUGAAGGCAGAUAUCUACAGUUUUGGUAUAGUGCUUCUUGAACUUGUGUGUUGCAGGAGGAACUUGGACAUCAGUGUUCGAGCAGAGGAGAUAGUUCUUUCUACUUGGGUUUAUAAGUGCUUUGUCAGUAAAGAGCUGCAUAAGCUUAUUGUGGGUGGCGAAGAAGUGAACAAGAAGAGCUUGGAGAAUAUGGUUAAGGUGGGAUUAUGGUGUAUACAAGAUGAACCAGUUCUGCGUCCAUCAAUGAAGUCUGUAGUAUUGAUGUUACAAGGCAUUACUGAUAUAUCUAUCCCUCCAUGUCCAACCACUGCUUCUAUGUGAUAAACCACUAGCAGUGUGGGGAAAUGUUCCUCUGCUUAUUUGCAGUCAAAGUAUAAGCUACCAGAAUGCUAUUGGCACACGGCAUAGUGCUAGUAUGGGAAAAAUAAAUAGAAUAAAAUAUCAAAGAGAGUUGUCUGUAGUUCAUUGUAUUGAUGCUUGAUGGUAGUAGUGAUCUUACUAAAUGUGUUCAGCUAAGAGUUGUGAUCGUAUCUAUCCAUAUUGCAAGUAUUUUAAGUAUAUCUAA